AUGUACCCAUACAAUCAAAAUGCAUACGGACGGCCCCCAAUACAGGCCCCUCCAGGCAUUCAGAUGCCUCCAGGCUUUGGCUUCCCUCCUGGCUUAAACCCUGCCGGCUCCGGCCCUCCAAAUUUUACAGCACCUGGUGCACCCGGCAGCACCCCUCAUGCAGCACAAGCUAGUGGUCCUAACCGUCAAGGCAUUCCUGCCUUCACGCCACCUGCCAGUCUCCCGAACAUUAACUUCAAUGCUCCGAUCAUUAGGCUGGGGACAGCAUCGACAAAACAACAACCAUUACCUGGUGGAUCAUCGCACCAACAGUCCCCAGGUCUAUCACACCCUCCUCCAAACUCAAAGGCCCCCCUUAACCAAAAUUCGAAUUCUUCCACGAGGGAAUCUGCCUCUGGAUUUAUCCCACCGACUAUUGAGGAACAACUAAAGUCGGUUUUUGUAGGGUCGCUUCCUCCUUUUCUAGAAGAUCAAUGGAUCGAACGAAUUCUCAAGGCCGCAGGCCCAGUCCGACGAUGGAUACGAGUAUCUGAUGAGGGGGGGAAACCCCGAAAUUACGGGUUUUGCGAAUACGAGACAUUCGAGGGGGUCCUAGCAGCUCUUACCGCCAUCCACGAACUGAGUAUCAUACACCCAGACGAUCAUGACAAGACCUCAAAUAUAUCAGUGACUAACGAUGACCGUGCGGACGACAUCCUCGACAAACUAAAAACCCAAGAGGCCACUGAUGCUGCAGAUGGAGGAUCGAGCGCUGUGGACAAAGGUUCCCGGUACGAGUCUAUUCGUCUCGCUAUCAGUGGUAUAAUUUCUGAAUAUUCCGACCCCGAUCGCCAUAUAGACGCGAGACAGCAAGAGAAAACCGGGAACGGUGACAAAAACCAAGACUCUACUGAUGACGACUUGAAUAAAACAGACCAAGGGCAACCCGAGGUCGUAACGAUAUCCCUGACUAUAGAUGAUGAGCUGGCAGACAUCCCUGCAGACAUGCGGGAAACCGUUUCUAAGGAAAUAGCGGCUUUCAGAGAGCGCUCGAACCGGAGAGACGUUGAAAGGAUAAAACGGGAGGAAGAAAUUGAACAACAAGAGCGUGACCGUAUUUCCGGGGGGCGGGGCUAUCGAUUCGUUUCUCCACCGGCUUCUGCACCGACUGGCCCAUCUGCCGGGCCAAACUCUAUACCAAUCGGCCCGUCAAGGUUGCGCAACGACAUACCGUUCUCCGCCCCGACGGGGCCCGCUGCCCAGUCAGUGAAGUUUGUAAACGGAUCAGCUAGCCGUUUACCUCAGGAAGAUGAGGAUUCUGAUGCGUCAGACUCUGAACUUGAGUUUCGCCGAAAGCAAAAGAAGACUCGCGAGGUUGAUGCCAUAUUCCUGGACCACGAGCGUCGCUGGUUAAACCGUGAGCGGUCACGCACAUCUGCUAUCGAGCGAGAGUCUGUAAGAGACAAAGAAGAUGUAAGGAGAGAAGAAAUAGAACGGGGUGCCAUGGCUUUGCGGCUUUCGGAGUGGAACGAUGAUGUUGAGAUGGACCGCCGGGUAGAAGACUACUAUAUCGAUCGGUCACUUUGGAUAAGAAAUAGGGCCCAGUUUCGAUCCCGAGAGAAGGAAAUGGAUACACGGGACAGGGCGGCGGAGGAGCGUUUACUAGAUAGCGAGAAAAGAGCGUCCGAAGCUAGAACUGUUGAUUCAUUGCGCGAAAAGGUGACAAAUAAGGAUGAACAGGUUUCUGGAAAAGAACCCCAGCAGCCGCGUAUCAAACUUUCUCUAGGGGCUUCGGUGCGCAAUAAAGCAACUGACUUAACAAGGCCAAGGCGUACUGUGGCCGACAUAGAAGGGCUCUUGGAGGACGAAGAAGAGGACAGUUCGAAAACAAGGAGGGUUUUGGUCCCGAUUCAAUACGAGGAUAGUGUAGGCGCGGAUGAUGAAUCAAGAGAAGAGCUUGUCAAAGCGCUAGCACAGGAGAUACCAUCCGACAAAAAUGGACUCUGGAACUGGAAGGUCAAUUGGGAAUUUGUGGAUGAUGCUAUGAUAAAAGAAAAACUGCAACCUUUCGUAGAGAAGAAGAUUGUUGAAUAUCUUGGAGUUCAGGAACAAGAACUUAUUAAUUUUGUUCUGGAACACAUCAAAAGGCGAGGCUCUGCUACAGACCUUGUAAAGGAACUGGAGAUGGCAUUAGAUGAAGAUGCUGAGGUAUUGUUGUUUGUGCUUGUGCACGCUCGUGGGGUGAAAUGGGUACCGCCGCCGCAUAAAACGCCACAGUUUCGAACAAAACCAUCCCCAGAACCCACAUUUGACAUCAACCUGUCUCGCGCACCAGCACCGGCUGCCCAUUCCGCACCUCACCAAAACGUAAGCCCAACUGUGCCCUUUAAUGUUUCGUCGCCAUCGCCCAAAAAUAUCCCUUCGCCUGGCCGUCGUCUUCAUACUCUAACUACCCCCGACACCCACCAUAUUGAUCUCCAGAAUAUCCAACUUUGGGCAAAAAUGAUGAUGGAGAUGGAAGAAGGGACAAACGCCCCACCCACGGCCUCCUCGAAUCUCCAAGGAAGCGCACAAUUCGCGACAACUCAGAGCACGAGUCACUCGGGGUUCCGCAGAGACUCUAAAAGUGCGUCUCCUGGAGCCGCACCAAGGGUUGUUGUCGGUGAUCAGCCACCAUAUGAAGCAGAUGAACCGUCUCUUUCGACGAUCACCCCGGAUUCUCUAGCUGAACCCGAAGCCAGCCCUUUUGUUCAGUUUCUAAAGCCUAAGUUCGCUCGCGCCCCCAUUAAGGACGCAGGGCGAGUUGCUUACUUGGGAGAAUCAUCUAAUCUCAGCUUGCUGGUGCACGACAGACACGGCGCCACUGAUGUCGUACAUUACCCCCUGCCAGAGAGCAUUAGAGGGGCCCGCGCCCAGCUUACGGAGCUUGAUAGCGAGGAAAUUGACAUUCUCAACAGAAGAGGAGCAUUUUUGUUGCCACCAAGGGCGCUUUGUGAUGAGUUGGUAGAUGCUUUCUUUCGCCAUAUCGCUCCUAUCGUCCCCGUUAUCAAUCACAACAGGUUUAUGCAACGGUAUAGGGACCCCGCAAACCCCCCAUCCCUUCUUUUACUGCAAGCGGUGCUUCUUGCGGGCUCUCGUGUCUGUACAAACCCAGCUCUCAUGGAUGCGAGCGGUUCUACAACGCCGGCCGCUUUAACGUUCUACAAGCGGGCCAAGGCUUUAUACGAUGCAAACUACGAGGACGAUCGGGUAACCAUAGUACAGUCGCUUAUAUUGAUGGGGUGGUAUUGGGAAGGCCCGGAAGAUGUUACAAAAAACGUUUUUUAUUGGAGCAGAGUCGCUACGGUUGUUGCACAAGGUUCUGGAAUGCAUCGGAGCGUAGAACGUUCCCAGCUCAGCAGGGCAGAUAAGAGAAUAUGGAAAAGGAUCUGGUGGACAUUGUUUACGCGCGAUAGAUCUGUAGCUGUUGCGCUCGGGCGCCCGGUUCAUAUAAAUACAGAUGAUUCUGAUGUCGAAAUGAUAUCCGAGGAUGACUUUGAUGAAGACGAGCCAGGAGCUUCCGUGGAAUACAAGCCGAAUCCGCUCCAUGUAAAGUUUUUUCUUCAUUACGUCAAGCUCUGCGAAAUCAUGGGAUUGGUACUUUCACAACAAUACUCUGUCGCCCUCCGUACUCGCAGGCACCAUGUGAUCGAUCUCACACACAGUGAUAUGGCAUUGGCAGAUUGGAUGAUCAACCUGCCGGAGGAGAUGAAGUAUCAUAUGAACGAUGUCCGAAGGCAAAAUUUUUGGGCAGCUCUCCUCCACUCUACAUACUAUACGACUUUGUGUCUGUUGCAUAGAGCGCAUAUGCCACCGGCUACCCUCCCCGAUUCUGCUCAUCUUAACAAUACCAUAUCAGGGUACCCAUCCCGCAAAAUCGCCUUCCAAGCAGCAGCCAACAUAACAACCAUCAUACAAAACCUUAGGGCUCAUGAUGAAUUAAAAUAUUGCCCAGCUUUCAUUGUUUAUAGUUUGUUUUCAGCAUUGAUAAUGCAAGUGUAUCAGGUUCGUUCCUCGCAACCUGCGAUAGUUGCAAUAACCCAAGACAGGAUGAAAGUAUGUAUGGAAGCUUUGAAGGAAGUUUCGAAGAUUUGGCUAGUUGCGAAAAUGGUUUACACUCUAUUUGAUUCUAUUUUGGGGAACAAGGCUCUGGAGGAAAGAUUGGCCAAAACUAGUGGGUACCGCCGUUCUGGCGACAAAGCGAGACGCAGCGACGCCUCAAGCAGAAAAAUCACGGAUACGGCUUCAAAGAGGAAAUUCGAAGACAUCGAUCUCGGAACCAUUUCAACAGGGCCAACUCCCCAAAUGUCCUACGAAAGGUCACGACCACAAACCCCCACGGUCUCUCCAGGUCUUAAACAGCAACAGAGCAUCCGCCAAACAACGACCAUCCACGGCCAUAAUCUGCAACAUCCGUUUGGUGGCAAUUCACAUACAGCCUCAACGAGUGCGGAUCCUCAUAAUGUUCGUUCAUACCAUCAACAUGCUUCUGGGUUUCUUCCAAAUAUUGGAGUCCCCGCAACGCCACCUGAUUUUUUCUUGGUAACAAAAUCCUCACCGCCAAUAUCUCAGGCUUUAUGGGAAAACUUCCAGCCAAAUCAACUGUUUCCGGAGGAGUCAGGAAACAGUGGCCUCGAAAACAUCCCUUCGAACCAUGACACCACGCCUCAGCCGCCUAAAUGCUCUCUAGUAGAUGCAACCUCUCAGUCAUUCGCGAGCUCUCUUCAAACCCCCCCCCUAAAGCCAAAAGAAACUACCCAUCUGGCCAAUAGCCCAGAUAUGCAAAUUGAUUCUAGCCACAUACACAAUGGUGAUCUUAAUCACAGCUCCCUUUGGGCAGCAAACUUGGACGUCGAUACCUCGAUGGACUCACCUGAUGACUCUUGGAGUAACAGUAGCUCCGGCCUCGCGCAAAGUGCACCUACAACGUUGAAUGUGGAGGACUGUGCUGGUUUCGAUAUCAACCAACUUGGUCUAGGAUCAUCAGGAGGUUAA